UUCUGAAGUGUUUGUGCUGCUGCCUCUCCAAGCUUUCAACACUGAGAAUCUGCGUCGCCGCACCAUUCACAGUUCACACCCUCUGCAAGUCGCCGUCUGCCUCUCCGGAGUCCUCCCUCUCUCCGCCUCGCGACUCUCAUCGUCGCGUCGCCCCUCUUCUUCAGUAGAAUAGAAGAGAGGCGGCAAGAGCAAAAUCCUCGAAAACAAACCUCACCGUCUUCAAACUUCACUUUCUGUGUGUUUGUGCAUCUAAGAAGCGAAAAUGGCGACCCGAGAUGGCGGCAUGAAGUCAACGUCGAUAAACGGCGUGAAGAUGUACACAAUAGCUUCCCAGCAACCCUCACUCGCUUCCUGGCUCCCCACUAAGAAGCAGAAAUCACAUCGCAACGUCAAAAGUUACACGCAGAAUGUGCAAUUGAUCGAGGAUUUGAGGUUCACAACUGCAACCACCAAGAUUAAGGCAACUCCUGAUGGCGAGUAUAUCAUAGCUUCAGGUAUAUAUCCACCACAAGUAAAAGUAUACGAGGUACGGGAGCUAGGAUUGAAGUUUGAAAGGCAUUUGGAUUCAGAGAUUAUUGAUUUUCAGGUUCUAACAGAUGACUAUUCGAAACUAGCAUUUUUAUGUGCUGACCGCUCUGUUUGUCUACAUGCAAAAUAUGGAAAACAUUACAGUUUGCGAAUACCAAGAAUGGGAAGGGAUAUUACAUAUGACAGCUGGUCUUGUGAUUUGCUUUGUGCUGCCUCUUCCCCAGAAUUGUACAGAAUUAACUUAGAGCAGGGGCGAUUUCUUUCCUCCCUCAAUACACAAUCCCCUGCAUUGAAUGUGGUUUCAAGAAGCAAGCUUCAUGGACUAGUUGCCUGUGGUGGUGAAGAUGGUGCUGUCGAAUGCUUUGACAUGCGUGUGAGAUCUUCAGUUGGCAGAAUUGAUGCAGUCGGACCUAGUGGCGAUGUUGAUCAGGGGGUCACUGCAUUGGAGUUUGAUGGAGAUGGUGGUUUCUUAAUGGCUGUUGGAAGUAGUGCAGGAAAGGUUCUCAUCUACGACCUUCGCUCAUCCCAUCCAAUACGAAUACAGGAUCAUAUGUAUGGCAGUCCCAUAUUGGAUAUUAAGUGGCAUCGGACUCUUAACUAUGAACAAUCUAUUUACCAUAUUGUCAUCCAUAGCAUGUAUCAAAUACUGACAGCUGAGCCAGGAGAAGGCAUGACCAGCAUUGAGCCUACAGGUGGAAAAAUCAAUGAUGUAUGUACAUUUCCUGGCAGUGGUUUGAUCUUGCUGGCCUUGGACAGUAGCCAAAUACCAUCUUACUUCAUACCAUCCCUUGGACCUGCUCCUAAGUGGUGUUCCUCUAUAGAAAAUUUCACAGAGGAGCUAGACACAGGUGGACAGACAACUAUCUAUGAUCAUUACAAAUUUUUGACAAAGGAAGAGCUUGAGAGAUUAAAUUUGACAAACCUGAUUGGGACUAAUUUGCUUAGAGCCUAUAUGCAUGGGUACUUCAUUAAUUAUGCAUUAUACAAAAAGGCUAAAGCACUAGCGGAUCCUUUUGAAUAUGAAGCUUACAUUGAACAACACAAGAGAGAGAAGAUGGAGGCUGAACGUGCCUCUCGAAUUACGAUAAGGAAAAAAUUACCCAAAAUUAAUCGGAAACUUGCAGCACGCCUCCUCAAAAGUGAAGAAGCUGAAAAUGAGAACAGAGAUGCUGGUGAUGAUGAAAAUAAAAAGUCAUCCAAGAAAAAGAAAGGGAUUAUCAUGGAAGAUCUUCAAGACGAGCGAUUUAAAGCGAUAUUUACAAACAAGGAAUACGAGAUUAAGGAGACCUCAGAUGAAUAUCUGGCUUUACAUCCCGUAGGUGGUUCUAAGAAGCAACCUUCCUUGCUAGAAGAGCAUUUUGAACCUGCUGAGUCGGAUGAUGAUCAAAGUGAAAGUGAGACUGAUGUAUCAGCAUCAUCAGAAGAUGAACUUUCGAAACCUCGGGUACCAAGAAUGUAUGAAGUUAAGAAUGAGCAGCACGCAGAGGCGUUCUGGAGUCAGAAGUCACUUGCUGGUGAGGAAUCACUUCCUAUGGGGGAUAGAGUGGCAGCUCUCAAAGAUCAACAAUAUUCUCGUAGUGUACCGAAUGGUGUUAAGCAGGGUCCAGGAGGAUCGCGGGAAAUAACUUUCACAGCGAGAAGCAAAGCCAAGUACAGAGAAGACGACGAGGAUCAAGAAAAGCCACACCAGAAAAGGAGAGGAGUUCAGUCUUUGGGACUUAAGCCGCCAAGAGGAGGAGGCUUUCGCGGUAGAGGGAAUAGAGGGAACCGUGGCAAUGGCAGAAGAGGACGGAGAUAAUGCCCUUUCACUCUCUUAAAGUAUAAUAUCAUUUGAUUCUUUAAAUAUGAUUUUGCUUCAUUUUUCUUUUUCAUUAAAAAUGUUUAGGCUGGGUGGAGGGAUGGAAUUAGUCUUAAGUUCUAAUGUUGCUUAACUUUUAUAGUCCACUCGCCAUUUCUAUGGCACAUAUAAAGGGCUUAAGGCACUAAUUGGCAUGGCUUUAGGGCAUUUUUGUUGUAUUAUAUUUCAUUUAUUACGUGCUUAAUGGAAUUAACGACAGUAA